UAAAGCUUGCGUCCUGUAUUUGAUAAUAUUUGCAGUCUAACUUUGCAAGCUAAAGGUUCUAGUACGGCCGUAUUUCAGUCGAAGAUAAUUUAAAAUUAUUUUUUUCCAAAAAUGUCCAAAUUAAUCGUGUGUUUUGCUCUGCUCUUGGCCGCCAUCUGCUGUUUGUCCCUCACACAGGCCGCUCCUGCGGAACAGCUGCUUGACUGGAAGACGGCGAUUGAGAAGAUCAUUUAUGCUUAUGAAAGCAAAUAUCCUGGACCAUCUAAGCGCUAUCCAAUUGAGGUCGCCCAUGUUAUUGACCCUAAAUACUACAGCCCCAAUUUGUAAAUUCAGUUGGUUUAGCUGUUGGACUGUUCGUAACGAGUAUCCAUAGUUGUUGUAUGUAUGUGUUCGCACCGUAAGGCUUAAUGUACCUAAAAUAAU